CCCAUCAAGGUAAAGAAAACUGCAUCACCAUGCGCGCCGCUGUGCUCGUGCUGCUCGUUGGGGCGGCGUCCUCCUUUGUGGAGAAGUCCGAAUGGAAUGCCUUCAAGCAGGAACACGGCAAGGCCUACGCCAACCCCAUCGAGGAGUUCUUCAGGAUGAAGGUCUAUGCCGACAACAAGGCGUACGUCGACAAGCACAUGAAGGAGUAUGCCGAGGGAAAGCACACCUUCACAGUGGCGCUGAACCAGUUUGCUGACCUGACCACCGAGGAGUGGAGCCGCACGUACAAGGGCCUCGUCAUGGGCAGCAGCCAGCCUCACGAGACCCACCAGCCGACCGGCAAGCAGGCUCCCAGCAGCAUGGACUGGCGCCAGUACGGCGUGGUGACCGGAGUCAAGGACCAGGGCCAGUGCGGCUCGUGCUGGUCGUUCUCAGCUACCGGCAGUCUGGAGGGCGCCUGGGCGUUGUCCGGCAGACAGCUCGUCUCCCUCAGCGAACAGCAGCUGGUCGACUGCUCCCGCGCCUACGGCAACCAAGGAUGCAACGGCGGACUCAUGGAUGCCGCCUUCCGGUACAUCCGGGACAACGGCGGCAUUGAGUCGGAAUCGGCUUACCCGUACACCGCUCGCGAUGGCUCCUGCCGCGCCUCCGGCUCCAACGUCGCUUCCCUCUCCUCCUGGGUGGACAUCCCAUCUGGCAGCGAGAGCUCCCUGCUUGAUGCUGCCGGCGGCGUCGGCCCCGUCUCGGUGGCGAUUGAUGCGUCCCACCAGUCGUUCCAGCUGUACUCAGGCGGUAUCUACAACGAACCGCGCUGCUCUAGCCGCCAGCUGGACCACGGCGUGCUGGUGGUUGGCUACGGCAGCGGCUUCUGGCUGGUCAAGAACUCUUGGGGCUCCAGAUGGGGCCAGGGCGGUUACAUCAUGAUGACCCGCAACGGCAGCAACCAGUGCGGUAUUGCCACCCAGGCCUCCUAUCCACGUGUUUAGACUGCGUGCCUGAUAAAAACAGCAUCCAGACGAAGGCAAGAACAAUGCUUGAAGACACGUUGUGGAACUCAAAUGUUUUCCUUCCGUCUGGAAUAUCAAAACUUUCCUUGUUAUGCAUGAUUUCUAAAGCCAUCACCAAUAAAUUAUUGAGAAACGUG